AUGUCUCAAGGCUUAGACGUAGUCAGGGUGGCUGUACAGGCAAACGACGACAUUGCUGUCGUCGGAUUCUCUUUCAGGCUUCCCCAGGAUGUGAAUGACGACAUGAGCUUUUGGGAAGCCCUAGAUCAUCGUCGAAGUUUGAUGACUAGCUGUCCUGAGUCUCGAAUGGACGCCAAAUCAUUCUUGGAUACGAAUGCCGAUAAGCCAUAUCCUCGGGGAGCUCAUUUCAUCACAGAUGAUGUUACCUGUUUUGAUGCUCCUUUCUUCUCGGUAACAGCGAAGGAGGCUGCGUCGAUGGACCCUAUGCAGCGUAUGACUCUCGAGACUUCGUAUCGAGCCUUUGAAAAAGCUGGUUUCACUACAGAUGCCCUGAGAGGUUCUCAGACAGCUGUGUUCCAUGCAUCCAUGUUGGAGGACUACACGCGGCUGAUGAUAAUGGACCCUGAUAAUAUAGAACGCACCACUAUUACUGGUGGUACAGUGCCAUGUAUGGUCCCAAACCGUAUCAGUUGGUACUUUGAUCUUCGUGGCCCAAGCAUCCAUGUCAAUACGGCUUGUUCCAGUGGACUAGUCGCCGUGGACAUGGCAUGUAAGACAUUACGCAGUGGCGAUGCAUCAUGUGCUCUUGUCACCGGAGCAAACUUGCUCCUUGACCCUACCCUGUUCCACCUGUUGUCGAAUCAGAACUUCUUAUCUCCGGAUAGUCUAUCAUACAGUUUUGACCAGCGAGCCAAUGGCUACGCCAGAGGUGAAGGUGUUAUUGCGGUAGUGCUCAAGUCCGUCGCUGCAGCUGUGAGAGAUGGUGAUAUGAUUCGUGCCGUUAUUCGCGCUUCCGGCUCAAAUCAGGAUGGACACACUCCAGUUAUAACACAGCCUAGUCAGCAAGCACAACAAGACCUUAUUCAACACGUGUAUCAGAAGGCAAAUCUUUCGCUAGCCGAUACGCGGUAUGUUGAAGCACACGGAACGGGAACUCCGGUAGGGGAUCCGAUUGAAGCAAGGGCUAUAGGGCGGGUGUUUCGAAAAUACAGAUCCCAGAAAGAGCCUCUAUACAUUGGCUCCGUCAAAUCAAAUAUUGGCCAUCUCGAGGGUGCCAGCGGCCUGGCUGGCUUGCUGAAAGUCAUCUGUGAUUUGGAGAAAGGUGUCAUUCCACCUAAUGCACUCUUUGAGAAGAUCAACCCUGCUAUAGACGCAGACUUCUGGAAUCUCUCGAUUCCCACUGCAAGUAUCUUCUGGCCGGGACAAGGCGUGCGCAGGGCCUCAGUCAAUUCCUUCGGCUUUGGCGGCUCCAACACCCAUGUUGUGAUCGAUGAUGCCCUGCACUAUCUGCGAGAGAGGAAUCUGCCUGGAAAUCAUUGCACAAUUGCAUUUCCUGAGAAUAUGUCAGAAUUCUCCAAUUCUGAUUCCUCCGUUAUUGGCUCCGAAGAAACUGAAUCUACCAUUGCAGCUUCGCAAGCGUCUACCGCAGAGGCUUUACCUAAGCUGCUCGUAUGGACCGCCGCAGACGAGCAGGCAGCAAAACGCUCCCUACGUGAUUAUGAGCUCUACUACAAUGAGAAGAUAGCGGGAAACCGCACCAAGCUCGAUCGUUUGGCUUAUACGUUGGCUGCUCGCCGGACGCACAUGCUCUGGAGAAGCUUCUCUCUUGUUAGAGAUGAUGCAGAGAAGCAAGAUUGUACCGGUGGCCUUGACCCCGUAAAGCCCAUGAGGAGCUCAACAGACGCUACACUAGCAUUUGUGUUUACGGGACAAGGAGCUCAGUACGUAGGCAUGGGAUGGGACCUAGUUCAAUACCCAGUCUUUGCAGAUACUCUACAAAAGAUUGACAAAAUCUAUGAGAGCCUUGGCUGCUCAUGGUCCAUCUUUGAUGAGUUGCGCUCUAGCAAGAACAUUGAUCUACCAGAGUACAGCCAGCCCUUGUCUACAGCAGUUCAGAUUGCUCUGCUGGAGCUGCUGGCUAGUUUUGGUAUUACUCCUAAGGCUGUCGUUGGACAUUCUUCAGGAGAGAUUGCCGCUGCCUAUGCCAUUGGUGCCUUAUCAUUGGAAUCUGCCUGCAAAGUCUCCUAUUUCAGGGGCCAACUUGCAGGAAAAUUGAGGGCUGCCAAUGUGUCGUCCCCUGGAGCUAUGAUGUCCAUCAACAUAACAGAUACAGAUGUGUCGGGCUACAUUUCUGCCAUUGGAACUGAGGCUAACGCUGUCUGUGUGGCCUGCAUCAACAGUCCCCUCAACUGCACAUUGUCGGGCCCCGAGGCGGCGAUAGAUGCUAUCAAGGCGCGAGCUGAUAAAGAUGGCAUCUUUUCUCAGAAGCUCAAGACUGGAGUUGCAUACCACUCACAGGCCAUGGAGGCCAUUGCUGAUGAAUAUCUAGCGCUAAUGGGAUCACUAGAGGGCGCCUCGCUCCCGGAUCUCAAAGUCAUGAGCAAUAUUCCCAUGGUGUCGUCCGUCUCGGGCAAAAUCGUGCGCCCAUCUGCUCUGGUAAAGGGUCAGUAUUGGGUCAACAACAUGGUUUCUCCAGUUCGCUUCGCCGAUGCCGUGCAACUACUCACCCAAGAACCAUCCAAAGUCAAAAUUGGGUUGAAAGACAUUACUGAUCUUGUCGAAAUUGGGCCCCAUCCGGCCUUACGGAGAGUGGCCCAGGAUACUAUCCGCCAGGCCGGAAACAAAAAGCAGCUUAUAAGAUAUAAUGCUGCGCUGCAACGAUCACACUCCCCUGUUCAGACGACAUUGGAGCUUGUAGGGCAGCUGUUCUGCCAGGGACACAAGGUAUCCAUCACAGCUCUUAACCAAAACUUGAAGCCGGUUACCAAGUCGGACGAAUUCAAGGAGAACCCCGGUUUCCUCAUCGAUACUCCUGAGUAUCCCUUUGAUCGAUCUCACAAGUAUUGGACAGAAUCUCGCAUCAGCCGCGACUACCGACUUCGUGGCACCGUAAAGGGUGACAUGCUCGGAGCUCGAGCGUCCGAUUGGAACCCCCUCGCUCCUCGCUGGAGAAAAUUUCUUACUGUUGAGUCUAUCCCCUGGACUGGUCACCACAAAGUUACCAACUCCCUUUUGUAUCCUGCGGCUGGCAUGCUAUUAAUGGCCAUUGAGGCUGUUGAGCAGAUGGUUCCCGAAGACCAAGAGAUCGCCGGCUUUCUCUUUCAGGAGGCUGAUUUCCUCAAUCCCAUUGUUGUUUAUGAGAAGUGGGAGGACAGGACAGAGACUCAAGUUCACCUUCGCCCUCUGAAGGCGCAGCCAGCAGAUAAAAACAGCCCUCAGCUGUUUGAGGUGGAUAUUUUCUCUUAUACAAGUGAAUCUUGGACAAAGUGCUUCCAUGCCAACAUUCAAGUUGACUACGAGGAAUCUACGAGCAUCUAUGGCAAUGAGCGUAGGCAACUCUGGCAUGAAAAGACCCGUAGCCAGUACAGCCAAGCCACCGAAUCAUGCAUCUGGCCCAUCGAGUCUGCUACCCUCUACCGCGAUGCCGCCGAGGCUGGCCUGCAGUACGGAGAUUGGUUUCAGCUUGUGCAAGAUGUGUGCUGGGAUUCGAGAGCAACUGCAGUAGCUCGUGUCGAUGUGUCCAAGGAUAGGUUCAAGACAAACAGCCUGGUACAUCCCAGUGUUCUUGACCAAGGCUUCCACGUGUUGCGUGUGAGUGCCGGCCAACAGCCCACUGCCAAUGUUCCGUCACGCCUGGUAGGCGCCUGGUUUGCCUCUACGUCCAAGUGGCAGAAACCUGGGACUGGUCAUAUCCGUUGGAUCGCAACGUCUACUUCGGCCGCUCAUUUUGAUGGUGCUCGGGGAUAUGGCGAGCAAGGUACAAUCGCUGCCCUAGCUGACGACGGGACUGUAUUAUGCACUAUACAACAGGCUACCACAACGUCCAUUUCUAGCGACGUUAAGACAACCGAUAAAAAGCUGCUCUACAGUGCUGAGUGGAAACCACAGCUUAGCCUGCUGGAGCCAGAGGAGUUGGCUCGUGUCUGUAGAGCCGAUUCAUUUGAUAGAGAUGAAACGUCAGCUGCAGAGAAUCAUUCAAAAAUGUCCUUAGCUCUAGAGCUUCACUCUAUACGGGUACUUCAGAAACUAGACCGGGCCAAAGUCCCAGAGUCUCUGACUCGCCACGUCGACUGGAUGGAGCAUCACGUCAGCAACAUGAGCCCUGAUAAUAGACGACUUGGAGAAACCAUGAGCGACGAGGAUCUCGAGGCUUUGUUCGUUGAGAUGGAGGAGAUUCUUCCAGCCUGGAAGCUGUACACUACCUGCGCACGAAGGCUCUUAGAAAUGCUCUCGGGUGAGGUUGAUCCUCUACAAGUUGUGUUCGCGUCGGACGAGGCGGAACUCUUCUAUGCAGAUCUCUUCCAGAAGCUCUGCCAAGAUGGUCGACUUGGUACUAUCUUGGACUUGACCGCUCACGAGCGUCCUGCUCAACGAAUUCUAGAAGUUGGUGCCGGAACUGGUGGCAUGACUGGCCAUGUUUUAUCUAUUCUGCAACAACGUGAGCAACGAACUGGAGGCUACAGCUUCUCCGAGUACACAUAUACAGACAUCUCUCCGAUGUUCUUUGAGCGUGCGCGUGAGAAAUGGUCUCAUCUCACGUCAGAGGGUCGCUUAACCUUUAAGACUUUCAACAUGGAUAAACCUGUUCAGGAUCAAGGGUUUGAGCCCGGAUCUUAUGACCUCGUUGUUGCCGCCAGCGUGCUCCACGCCACCCCGUACCUCGAGACCAGCCUUCGCCAUGUCCGCCAGGCGUUGAAGCCAGGCGGCCGCCUCAUUUUGCUUGAGGUCAUCAACCCGGAUGAAAUCGCUACGAACUUCAUGGCAGGUCUUGUGCCCGGAUGGUGGGUUGCCAAAGAAGAAUGGAGACCUCAUUCUGCAGCAGUACCCGAGAAGAUGUGGGAUAAGUGCUUAAGAGACAAUGGGUUCACGGGCAACGACGUGAUUCUCCGCGACUACAAGACUGAGGCUUGCCACAUUGUGAGUAUCAUCAUUACGACGGCCGUUGAAGAACCCAAGUUGGCUCCUGAGCCUGGUAAGCUUGUCAUUGUUGUUGAUGAGCAAAAGUCCUAUCGACAAACUAGGCUAGCUGAGUUGGUGCAGAAGCAACUAGAUCCUCACGGCAAUAAGAACUCGAGCAUCUGUGCCUUCUCCAUAGACGAUCUCUCUCAGUCUCUCAACAACAUGACGAAAGAUGACACUGUCGUCUGCAUUGCUGAAGUCAAUAACAAGCCCUUACUCUCCAAUCUUUCAGAAAAGAGCUUCAAGUGCCUUCAACACUUGGUAGGACAAACCUCCAAGCUUCUUUGGGUAACUGCCAGCAACACAGAUAGUGACGAGUAUGCCGACUAUGGCGUCAUGCAGGGAUUCUUCCGCUCUAUUCGAGUAGAAAAUCCAGACAGCUUGAUCAUUUCGCUUGCCAUGGAAGGCAAAGUAGAGUCUCUCAAGUCUGCGCAGCUCAUUGGAAAGGUCUUCCAAGCCAGUUUCGGGUCUUCAGCUUCUAGGGAGGUCGAAUACCUCGUCAGGGAUGGCCUUCUGAUGACUGGAAGAGCAGUCGAGGAUGUGUCUGGCAAUGAUGCUAUCAAUUCUCUCUUGUCCUGUCAGCUCCAACAGAAGCCUUGGUAUGAUGGACCGGCUCUACAGCUCUCUGUCGGGACUCAAGAAGCUAGAACUGCAUUGCAGUUUGUCCGAGAUUCCAAGUAUGACAGCGAAUUAAACCCUGAUGAAGUGGAAAUUGACGCCAAAGCAUGGGGCGUCAGUCACAAGGAUGUACAGGCUGCUAUUGGACGCCGGUACAAUUUUCAUGAUGGCCUCCAGUUGGGAGUCGACUGCGCCGGUAUCGUCACUCGGGUAGGACGAAAUUGCAAUUCUUUCAAGCCUGGAGACCGGGUUUGUAUGGUGGCUCCAGGCUGUAUGCGGCAAUAUCCUCGCGCAAACGCAAAAGCCAUUUGCAAGAUUCCAGAAUCAAUGUCAUAUGAGGUGGCCACGUCUAUCUUGAUCCCCUCCAUGUCGGCUUAUCACGCUCUAGUUGACAUUGCCCGCCUCGAUAAAGGAGAAAAUGUUCUCAUCCAUGAAGCUGCUAGUGCCUUUGGCCAGGUCGCCGUCCGCAUUGCUCAGAUGCAGGGUGCUGAAGUCAUUGUCACAUACUCAAGCCCUAUAGAGCGAGACGUGCUCCAGACUAUGGGUUUGCCUGAGAACCGCAUUCUUGACAAUGGAAGUAUCGCUUUUACUCAAGGUGUGAUGAGGCUCACUGGUGGGGAUGGAGUAGAUGUUAUCUUCAAUCUACUUGCUGUAGAAGACAUUACCCUAGCCUCUUGUGAGUGUCUGGCUUCUGGUGGACGCUUUCUUGAGAUGAACCGCUCCAGCAUCAAUACCAAUGCCACUCUUCCUGUGGGUAUCUUUGAGCGAAACGCCAGUUUCUCUAUUGUUGAUGUUACCAACCUCAAUCUUAAAAUGCUUGGCAGGCUUUUGAUGAAGACAAUGGAGCUUAUAGAGCAAGAGCACCUUGAACAUCCUAAGCCAUUGCGCUGCUUCAGUGCAUCAGAAGCAGAAAAUGCGUUCCGAGAGCUUCAAAAGGAAGAUUUUUUGGGUCGUGUCAUUAUCAUGCCUCAAAGUGAAGAUGUAGUGCUGAAAUUCAUUCAGGAGCAGCGGCCUUGGAGGUUUGAUUCAAACGCAUCAUAUCUGAUUGCCGGAGGCUCUGGUGGCCUCGGUCGGGCCAUUGUUAAGUGGAUGGUUGACCGCGGAGCCAAGAAUCUCAUUCUACCAUCUCGAUCUGGAGCCACGUCAAAAGCUGCCAAGGAAGCAGUAGAAGAACUGACAGCUCGCGGCAUCAAUAUCGUGGCACCCAAAUGCGAUGUGGCAUCUGAAACGGAGCUUGCUGAUGUUCUGGAUAGCUGUACUCGCACAAUGCCGCCCAUCAGAGGCUGCAUCAAUGCGGCCAUGGUCCUUCAAGGCGCUGUCUUCCAGAACAGCAUGACCUUUGCGCAGUGGGACCUCACGAUGCGUUCCAAGAAGCAGACGUCAUGGAACCUGCACCGGUUCCUGCCAAAGGACCUCGACUUCUUCAUCAUGCUCUCAUCUCUUGCUGGUGUCGUUGGUCAAAUAGCCAGUGCAAACUACUCGGCGGGCUGCUCGUUCCAAGACGCUCUCGUACGACAACGUCUUGCUCAAGGUCAAGCAGCUUUGUCUCUUGACAUCGGUUGGAUGCGCAACAUUGGUAUUGUCGCCGAAACAGGCGUAUAUCAGAAGCAGCGCGGGUCCUUUGAUGACAUGAAGCAGAUUGAUGGCGCCGAUCUGUUGGCCACCCUUUCCUUGUAUUGCGACCCAGCCAGUCCCCAAUCGGCCAUUGUGUCCCAGGCCAGCGGUCAAGUUCUCUUCGGACUCAAGACUCCAAUUGAUAACCUCUCCCGAGGUCGCAACCUGCCGCAACUGAUGGACAGACCAUUCUUUGCCCCUUUCUCUUUUAUUGCCAGCUCAAACGCAGCAACAAGCGCAAAUGCCAACCAAGAGGCCGCAGUGGGAGUUCGUUUCCGACAGGCUUCUGACGCGGGAGACCGUACCAAGAUUGUGUUGGGCGCCUUGGCUGCAAGGCUGGCGCGUGCCAUGUCCAUUUCAUCUGCAGAUGUUGAACUGAACAAGUCGCUGUCACACUAUGGUGUCGAUUCCCUCAUGUCUGUAGAUUUACGGAACUGGAUUGGACGGGAGCUUGGCGCUUUCCUUACGGCCUUUGACAUCAUGGGCGGUGCUUCGAUUGCGAAGAUUGCGGAUAUGAUUGUUCAGCGGAGCACAAUUGCAUAA